UUGAAAAUUCCAUAACAAAUAACAUCUGAUUUUUAUCUUCAGAAAGUAUUGUUCAGUUUGAAGACAACUAUAACAACAACAACAACAACAAUGACAACGACAUCGACGACAGUAUCGCCAGUAAUGAUGGUAUCAUCGAGUGGUGCGAUAAAGAAAUCCCGAAUCGAGAUAUUUGUCGAUCUGAACGGCCAUCUGAUGACAAUCGGCUUCAAUAAUCGGUCCACGGAUUCGGGCGUCGAGUUGUGUGAUGUCAUCGAUAAGAUUAGACAAACGCUUAGCUUAAAUAAGUUUAAUCUGAAGACACAUCAGUUUGAGGUUUUCAAUGAAACAGACAAACAAUUUGUCAGACUUCGGACAAAACGGACACUUGUGGACAAUGGUUCGCGUAUUAGAGCCGUCAGUAAAGUGAAACAACCGCAACAACAACGUCGAGAGAUAGCCGCUGGCAUUGGCGGCAGCAAAGCGUUCAAAUGUGCGGUCGAAUUGGUGGACACAAACAGCAACUAUCAGUUUGAGAUUAGCGCCGAUUACUGUAACAGCAAUUAUCAUAAAUUGGCUCUCAUUAAGUCCCGAUGUCGACAGUUUGUUGACCAACACUGCGAAAGCCAAAACGUCCGCAAAAAUUUAAAACUUGAGGUAUACGAUGGAAGACUACAAAAAUAUCUUGAAUUAAGUUUCAAAAAAAAUAGUCAACUCGGCGGCAAUGAGGCCAAAGUUCGGGCCACUAUUACUAACCAAAUCGAUGAUCGCCGUAGUAAUAGUAGAAGAUCAUUGAACACGUCUGACAUCAAGAACGAAGAUACCGUUGUCGACGGCAACCGGAAAAUGGUAUCAUUGGACUCAAAGUUAGUCUCAUUCAUAUCGAUGUUGGAUACUAUUAACUAUCCGUCCAUCGAUUGGAAACUCUUUGCCCAAAAUAUGGUUACAUUUGGUUAUAUUUAUUUCGAUGAAAACGAAUGCAAAAACUUUUUUCAGUUUCUAACUGAAGAAUACUAUCAUUUACUAAAUCGUGUGGAUAUUAGCGACGAUGAAAAGUACUUUAUUUGGCCGCUAUUUAAAGUGUUUAACGAAUUUGAUUUGAAACCAUCGAUGUCGACAACUUUUGUGGCACAACAACAACAACAAGUUUGUGACAAUAAGUCAAAGUCAUUGUCGACUCAUGAUCUUCAGUCAAUUGUUAAGAAAUACAUUACUAAUGAAUUUGAACGAGUCUUCAAACCGCUCAAUGAGAUGACUAUUAGUGAUGAUAAAUAUGUGUCUGAAUCGACAUCAGAUGAUGUGUCCAAUGAGUCAAAAGAUGAUAAUUUAGGCGAAGAGGUGAACACUAGUGUCGAUCAAGAGCGACUAAAACGAUUGGUUAUGCAAUUGAAAGCACUGUCAAUACAGAGCACAUGUAGUUGUAAUGAAUCCCUGGAAACCAACCAAACAAACCAUAACAACAACAAUAACAUCUGUAUUAAUAAUACGACUACUCUUAUGGCGCGUAAUGAUUGUAAACAACAACAACAACAUCACCAAAGAAGAGAAGGAGAUGUCAAACAAUUGGGCGAUCAAUUAAGUCGAAAACUGAAGAUCAAUAGUACCACCAAUAAGAAUAAGAUGAUCAACAAUGACAACAACAAUACUGUUGUUGUCGCCACCGCCGCCUCCGCUGCCAUCGCCGUCGACGGCGACAAUAACAACAAGAAGAUGGACAACACGAACGACAAGAGGCCAGAGAAGACGUUUGUCAAACGGGUGUCCAAAGCCGACAAACUGAAGGAGAGAAUGAAUUUCCAGAAGUUGUCGAUUCCCAUCAAAUAUAUUGACUUUCGAAACCCGAGAAAUCGUUUUCAUAAUCAAUUAAAUCCUAAUUUUAUUGAAAUACUGAAGACCGGUACCAUUGAUAACAUAUACUUAAGAAAGGCUGUCACCAAUAGUCGUGAAGUUGACGAUCAAAUCGAUAACUUUAGAAAUCUUGUGUUAUUAUCGCAUAGAGAUCAUCAAAAUCGCAAUUUUCUCAAAGAACUGCUUGAAGUGGUGUUAAACGAGUCGGGCAUUGACUGUCAGUUUUAUUUUUUCGGAUCGACUGCCAAUUCGGUCGGUUUUCGCAAUUCAGAUAUCGAUUUGUUUGUCGAAAUUCGUCAGUUGGAUAAUCUUUGCAAUACUUUAGAUUUCAAUACAUCAAUGAGCUAUUUGAUGGAAAUGCGAAACAUUUUGAAAAGAUAUUUCUGGUUUUAUAUUCCCACACCGAUAGCUAGUCUUCGGUGUCCAAUCGUUAAGAUUAAUUUCAAACUGUUUCGCGAAAAGUUUCUCAAUAAUCCCCGAAUGUUGGAUCUCUUCAGAUCUCUUGAAUCACUGGGAAUCUGUUGCGAUAUCAAUAUUACUAAUGCUUUAGGUCUACAAAAUACCAAACUUAUCAGCUUUUACUGUGAUCUCGAUCGGCGUUUUCAAGACUUGGCAAUCAUAUUGAGAUAUUGGACCAAAAUGAAUGACUUUAUCGGCGGCGCCGACAACGCCUUCACCAGCUAUGCACUCACACAGUUGGUAAUCUUUUUUUGCCAAAACCAGAGUCCACCCAUAUUGCCGACUCUCGAUCAACUAAGAGAACCGUUAGAUCCCGCCGCCAAUCGCAAGAUAAUCGAUGGCUGGGAUUGUAGUUUUUGUUGCGACAAACUAUUGAUACCUCAAUCGCAAAACACUGAAUCGGUUAUCGAUUUGUUGCCAAAGUUUUUUAAGUUUUUCGCUGACUUUAAUUUUACAACUCAUGUCAUACAAUUGAGAACAGGAAAAGCCGUCCAUAAGUACCACUUUAAUCAACAAAUUAAGACAACGUUGAACAGCGAAGCAGUUAACGGUAAUCUUCAUUUCAAGAUGACAUCGUUUUGCUGUAUUCAAGACCCGUUCAAUUUGGAGCACAAUUUGACCGCAAAUCUAAGUUUUUCUAUUUUUGAUAAAUUUCUUCUUUAUAUCCGAAGCAUUGCAGUCAAAAGUGAUAUUAUUUUUUCGAAAACAAAGAAAGUCAAAGACUGGGGUAUUUCGAAGAUAAUCUCAAAGUUUGAUCCGACCGAUGAUUAUCAAUCACUGCUCGGCCGUAAUAUUAGUAUUCCGAAUGCCAGAGGAUGUGUUAGUCAUGAAGACAUUACCUCACAGGAAAUUAUCAAAACAUUUGCAAAUCAAAUCUGCUGUUUGACUACUGAUAUCUUUGAGAAUGUCUACAAAAUUCAGACCAAUUUGAUUGGUAAAUAUGAUGUGAUUUACGGCAAAUAUUCGCCGUUUGCCGAGUUUUUGAUGGACUUGAAGGCAAUCGACAUACAAGUUAUCGAUUCUAAUAAUCGGGGACUCAUUCGCAGUGAACUUAAAGACAGUAUAGACAAAAUUAGUCGCGUAAAUAAAGAAACGACUGUUACGGAAACCAUUAUCCAGCGCUAUAGUGACAAACAAUUACCUGAGGAACAGUCGGCUGAGUGUUAUUUUGUGGCCAUGUGUGUGGCCCGACCGUCGGGACCGUACGUCGAGUACGAAAUUAUCAAAUGUACUGAAAGUAAAUCCAUUAAAAAACAAUUGAAGACAUUGUUUGAGUCGGUAAUCAAACUAAUCGAUGAAAAAGUGUCUGAUAUUCAGGACUAAUGUUUUGUUAGUGUUGAUGUUUG